UUGAUUCCUUGCCUCCUAUUUGCUUCAAAUUCUCUCUCUCUCUCUCUCUCUCUGAGACAUUCCCUCUUCACUUAAAGUCUUCUUCUAAACUGAAGCUCCAAUAAUGGAGAUUUUCACCAUUCUCUUCCAUCUUCUUCUCCUCAUCUCCUUGCCACUCUAUGAUGCAAACUCAGAAGGAGAUGCUUUGUAUGCACUGAGAAGAGCAGUGAGAGACCCUAAUAAUGUUCUGCAGAGUUGGGAUCCAACGUUGGUUGAUCCUUGUACUUGGUUUCAUGUUACCUGCGACUCUGACAAUAGGGUCACUAGACUUGAUCUGGGAAACGCAAAGCUGUCGGGGAAUCUGGUACCGGAGUUGGGGAAGCUGGAGCGUCUUCAGUAUCUGGAACUAUACAUGAACAACUUGGAAGGACCCAUUCCAGCAGAGUUUGGUGGGCUCAAGAGUCUUGUGAGCCUUGAUCUUUACCAUAAUAACCUCACUGGCACCAUCCCUCCUUCCCUCUCCAAACUCUCCAACCUGCGCUUCAUGCGGCUGAACGGCAACACCCUAACAGGAAGAAUACCAAGACAACUUACCAAGCUUGCAAAUCUCAAGAUUCUGGACUUGUCGAGCAAUGACUUGUGUGGUACGUUUCCAACAACGGGUUCUUUCUCAAAGUUUAACUCUGAAAGCUUUCUGAACAAUCCGAGGUUAGAAGGGCCUGAACUGGUGGGUUUUGUGAGAUACGACGUUGGAGGAUGCAACUGAAGAUUAGAAGAAGCCAAGUCAAACUAAUAUUAGGAAAAACAAUCUGUUGUAACAUCUGCUCAAAUGAAAAUUUCUGCUGUAACAUAGUAUAUGCUAAUAUAUGCUUCUGCUAAUGAAGCUAUAAAAAAUGAGGUUUUCUCAAGCAUCCAAAAUGUUCUUUUAGCUAUACAUUAUAGCUUGUUAGAACUUAGAAGGAACUCCCUUUGGUAACUUUGUACCCAGUCAACAAACAGUAACAUGUUACCCUGGGUAGAGCAUAAUUUUCGUAUCAAAAUAUCAUAAGUUUAAUUAUUGC